AUGCUUGUCGCUAUGGUUUUGGUCAUCGUCUUGCAAUGCAUUUCCGCUCAAAACCCCGAAUGCAGAGACCGAAUCCCAUGCACGUUUAUGAAGCAUCAAUGUCAAAACCAGUUCCUGCAGUCGACAAUGCGGAGAAUGUGCCAACAAACCUGUGGAUUUUGCCAAGAGACCGAAUGCAAGGAUUACAAUACCAAGUAAGUUUUAGGUCUUAUUAUACUUAGAGGGGAAGUACUCCAACUGCGACGCUCAGAUUUUCUUUAAAUUUUGGACACACAUCGGGGAGAUGGACUAAAUAUCAAUUCCUGAAAGUUUUAGCCCGCGCUUUCCCGGCGCCGCCGAGAUAUCGAACGAUUUUGGCCGCCGAGAGAGCGCGCUAAACGUGGAGAGCGGUCAGAGAGAAGACAUCUUUUUGGCCAUAACUUUCGCAGUUUUGAGCGGAAAAUUUUGAUUUUUUUGCAGAAAAAUUAUCCUUUACUGUUGAAAUUGGCAUGAAACAUGAAAUUCGGCAAAGUCCAAAAUUUUUAAUCUAAAAAUCUCGGUUGCUUCUGCAAAGCGCGAGCUAGAAUUCUCGCAUAUAUCUUAGAAAAAAUUAUUCUAAAUUUGUGCCAAGUUUCAUCAAAAUCUGAGCGUCGCACUUGGAGUUCUUCCCCUGUUAGUACAUUAAAAAUUACUGAUUUCCCAACCAAUUUUCAGUUGCGACCUCUAUCAACGCAACAACAUGUGCAUGUCGGAUUUUAUCCGAAACUCUUGCAAAAAGUCUUGCGGACUCUGUCGAGACAACGACCACACUAAACCCCCAGUUACCGAGGAGUCCAUCACCGAUAUUACAGAUGCAACGGAAGAGAAUGCAGUUACAGACUGGUCCUUGGAAAACACCGACCUGCCCGACAACGUCACUGACGGGGAUGAGGUUGAUGAAUAA